UGUCAUCUUUGUCACUUUCUGUUGCUGACAUCGAGGAUUUAAAGUGACGAUGGAUGGAAGUUUAUAACAGUAAUAAUCAUCAGCAAUGAUUUCUAACAGAAAUAAAUUGGCCAUGAUAACGUCCGCAAAGUGGCACGGUUCAUCUUCAAAUCUAACGUGCAAUACGGUGAUGUAGAUUAUUUAGGUUAAGUGUAAACAAAAAAAUUGUGCGUGAAUAAAACCCAAAAUUCGGCCAUAAUAUGGAUAAAUGCGAGCAUUACGUUGAUUGCGACGAUGAAAAUCUUCUCCUGGAUGAUGAAAGUGCUCUUGAGAAGAAAUGUGUGAGGUGUAGAAAACAAAUUCCUGUCUGGGUAAACGGAGACACUGUGCCAAAUUGGACUCAAAACAUAAAUGGUGUUUUUCUUAAUGAAGGGUCUGAGACUAUAAUGUCAGUCAUAGAUGAGCUUACAGAUAAUUUAGAAGAUUCACCUUUAUUAAUAAAUGACUGUUACAGAGAACCUGUCAAUACAGAAUUUCACUGCCAUGACUCUGUAGGGUAUAUAGAAGAUGUUAUUGCAUGGAGGAAACUUAUGUCAGCUUCAAUAUUAUGUUUUAUAUUCAUGGCUGCGGAAUUACUGGGUGGAUAUUUUGCCGGGAGUUUAGCCAUCAUGACGGAUGCUGCCCAUCUAUUUUCUGACUUUAUAGGUUUUUUGAUAUCACUUCUAGCGCUCUGGAUAGGAAAAAAACCAGCUACUAAGUAUAUGACUUUUGGGUAUCAUCGUGCAGAAGUAUUAGGUGCUCUAUUAAGUGUUAUAACAAUUUGGAUGUUGGCAGCCAUUUUCUCCGUUUUAGCAAUUGGUAGACUGUACAAUAAGGAUUACGAUAUAGAUGCUGACACUAUGAUAGUGGUAGCUUGUAUAGGGGUGGUUAUAAAUAUUAUAAUGGGUGUCAUCCUUCAUGGAGCAUGCCAUCUACACAGCCAUGGGUUUACUAAGCACAACCAUUCUCCCAACAACAUUAAUGUCAGGGCAGCGAUCAUCCACGUCCUAGGCGAUCUCCUUCAGAGCAUUGGGGUACUACUAGCUGCCUUGAUUAUCAAGUUCUAUCCAAAUGGCAGGAUCGCUGAUCCUAUUUGCACUUUGCUCUUCUCCCUGAUUGUCAUCUGCACCACAGUGCGGAUAGGUCGCGACUCAGUAUGGUACCUGAUAGAGGGCAGCCCUGUAAGCAGUGCCAAACUUGCCACAGCUCUGGGGAAGCUGGGUGGAGUGAAGCACAUCCAUAGCUUACAUAUCUGGUCACUUGCGCCUGGCAAGGACGCUGUGGCUUUACAUCUGGCUGUUGAUCAAUUCUGUGAUAGAGACCUCUUGCUGAAAAAAGCAAGUUCCCUAGUACAUAGCCAAAUUAACGUGGUAAGUUGUACCUUGCAAAUAGAGGCCUACAAUGCCGAACUGAUUAACACCUGUAGGCAAUGUCAAGGUCCGCAAUAUUAAUGCCAAACAAAUUUUUUUCCACAGUAUUUUAUUAUAAUUUUUAAAUAUUGUUGUUUUAUUUUAUUCCUAUAUAUAAGUUUAAAGUGACGGCUUUUGAAAUUUUGCAAACUGAACCUAAGUAUAUUUUUUUAUUUCACAUAAUCUGUUGUAAGACUAUGAAUGGUAGAAUAUUUUCUUUAUAGAGGCUUUUCAAUGUGAACUGCGGGUUAUUGAUCUCAGUACAAUUUUUUUUUGUAAUAUAAUUUUCCUUUUCCUAUCUUUAUAUUUGCUUCCCAUAAAGGAAAUCUAUUUACCACAUGCUACCUAGAGCUGCACAAUAACAAAAGAAAUAUGGAAAAGUACAAUUUUAAAUGUAUAACAUAAAAUGUUUCUAUAUAUUGACUGGUAUCCAGUAUUAUUCCUCAUGGGGAUGCAAAAAGUAAGCUGCUGUCUGGGUGGUCAAACAUAAGGGCAGUCGCAGUUAUAUUAACAUGUUUGCAUGUAAAUGUAGACUAGGAGACAGUUUUAGACAUUUUUUUGUCAAUUUUUUGUACCAUCCAGAAACGACAAUGAUGUCCUCACCUUUAUUUUAAGCUUAUAAUUUUGUUACAGUUUUUAAGAUUCAUUUUGUGUGUACUUGCAUAAUUUUGUUUAUGUAUUAAAGGACACUAGAAAUUUAUGGUGCUAUUCAGACUUCUAAAAAAUUAUAGCCUGCUAUU